CUUCAGAAAUGGCAAUAACUGUUUGGGAAAUUUUGUGAGGAUGAGAGAAAAUUACUGAGAAGUUCAAAGCCUUUUGUUUAAAGGUGUCAUGAUAUUUCUCAUGAGUUUCUUAUCCAAAACUUUUCUUUAUGCCCCGGCUAAGGAAGAGGAAGAAAGAAAAUUCAAUGAAGAAUUAAGCAUGUUAUUUGACAUGUUGAACCGGGAGGAAAAUGAAGCGAACCAAUACUGGGAAGAGGUAUUUCAAAUUCUGACAGGCUUUCCAGUGGUAUAGAAAGCUUGCUGCUUUAUGGGUUGAGGAUGUUGUAAUUAGUCCAUCCCAUGGAAUUAUCGUUUUAACUUAUUUUAAGGAAGCUUCCGUGACUAGGUGAUGUGCCCUGGAGCUUACAGCUGAGUUUUCACCUUCCCUCUUACUCUCCGGGCCUAGGGCUGCAGCAAACUCUUUCUCCAGAAACUGCUCUACGUCCUGUUAUGGACGCAGUUUUCUUGUAUGUUAUUUUGAGGAUUUUCUAUAGGUUCUACUGUUUAGAUCUGUUUAUUCGUGUUGUAAUAAUGGAUUGCGUUUAUUACUCUAUAAUAUAAGAGGUUUAUUUGU